AUUUACGCCUCGUACCACUGUGCUGCUAAGAAAAAAGCAAAUUUGGCUUCACUGCCAGAGGCUUUAAAAUAAACGAGGGGGGGGGAAAUCUCGCGGAGGCGCUUCACGCUUGCAUACGGGCGCGCCUUGGCUUUUGCAAGCGAAGACCGAAAUCAAGCCGGAAGCCGGGAGGCGUGUUACCCAAUUAUUCUGCCGCUAUGAGGCCCAUGAUGGGCCUCUCAGGAAACAGAGGAGGGAUCCUGGCGCUGGGAGGAGAAAGAUGGCAGAGACGGAGGCUCAGCUGCUCCUGGGUGUAGGUUUGAUUGAAAAAGAUACCAAUGGAGAUGCUUUGUGGGUUUGGUGUUACCCUUCUACAACAACUGCAUUCAGAGACCUCCUAUUGAGAAAAUGCUGCCUUACAGAUGAGAAUAAACAGCUUCACACUUUCCUAUUUGGUCAGUACAAACUAACAUGGUUUUACAUUACAACGAUGGAAAUUCCAGAGGCUUCUACCUUGAAAAGGGUGACUCACUUUUCCAUUGUUCUGACAACCAAAGACUUCAAUCCGGAAAAGUAUGCCGCCUUCUCUAGGAUUCUCUGUAGAAUAUACCUGAAAUACGGGACUCCGGUAAAAAUGAUGGAGAGUUAUAUUUCUGUCCUUACAAAGGGGAUUUGUCAGAGUGAAGAAAAUGGUUCUUUCCUAAGCAAAGAUUUUGAUAUCAGGAAAGCUUAUCUUGCAGGCUCAGUCAAAGAUAUAGUGUUUCAGUUUGGAAUGGAAACAGUCAUCCUGUAUACUGCACUCAUGUUAAAGAAAAGAAUUGUAGUAUAUCACCCAAGAAUAGAAACUAUCCUCGAAUUUACAAGGGCAUUGCCAGCCUUAGUGUGGCACCGGCAAGAUUGGUCAAUUCUUCAUUCAUACGUACAUCUGAAUGAUGAGGAAUUAGAAGCGUUAAAAAUGUGUCCAGGGUACAUUGCUGGAUGUAUAGAUUCAGAAGUGAACAACAGGAUAGAUCUUUAUGAUGUGUAUGUCAACCUGGCUGAAAGUGAAAUCACCAUUUCACAGCAAGCAAAAGAGGCGAUGACAAUGGGAAAAUUGCAUAAAGAACUUGGUCAGCUAAUUGUUCAGUCUGCAGAAGAUCCAGAGAAAUCAAACAGUCAAGUUAUAAAGGAUGUUUCAUUGAAGACAAAGGAAAUCUUGACAAAUCUGGCUUCAUUCACAGAAGUCAUUCAUAAUGGUGAGAAACCAUCACUUAACUUAGAAGCACUGAAACGAAAGCGAUUCCCACCAGCAACGGAAAAUUUCCUUUAUCAUUUGGCAGCUGCUGAACAAAUGCUUAAAAUCUGAUGUUGUGAAUAAACCUCAGUGGAAUACUUAAAAAACAAAAUCUUCUUUACUAUAAUGCUUACGUAAAGAAUUCUGUGGAAGGUUGGUUUUUUUUUAAAUAUACAUUUCUGGAGAGGAUAAACAAUGAUACACACAUCAGUGUUCCAUAAAACAUUGACUAUA